AUGACCAACAACGAGCCACACCUUUGCUUCAGAGCCUUUGUGGAAGCCCUCAAGGCAGAUGAUGAUCUUGCCGAGAUCAACACCCCGGUCGACCCCAAUCUCGAGGCUGCUGCCAUUACUCGACUGGUCUGUGAGACUGACGACAAAGCCCCGCUGUUCAAUAAUGUCAUUGGCACUCAGAAGGGUCUCUUCCGCAUCCUUGGUGCUCCAGGAUCUCUGCGUAAAUCGCCCAAGGACCGCUAUGGCCGUCUGGCUCGUCAUCUUGCCCUGCCGCCAACCGCCUCCAUGAAGGAGAUCCUCGAUAAGAUGUUGUCCGCCAGUGAAAUGCCUCCCAUCCCACCACAAAUCGUGUCCACCGGUCCUUGCAAGGAAAACUUCUUGGAGGAAAGCGAGAUCGAUUUGACCAAGUUACCUGCACCGCUGAUCCACCAGGCUGACGGUGGCAAGUACAUUCAGACCUAUGGCAUGCAUAUCGUCCAGUCUCCCGAUGGAUCAUGGACCAAUUGGUCUAUUGCUCGUGCCAUGGUCUCCGAUGAAAAGCAUCUGACCGGACUGGUCAUUGAACCCCAACACAUCUGGCAAAUCCACCAGAUGUGGAAGAAGGAAGGCAAAGACGUCCCCUGGGCACUGGCCUUUGGUGUUCCCCCUGCUGCAAUCAUGGCAUCUAGCAUGCCUAUCCCUGACGGUGUCACAGAGGCUGGUUACGUCGGCGCUAUGACUGGUUCUGCUUUGGAACUGGUCAAGUGUGACACGAACAACCUCUACGUGCCUGCCAACUCCGAGAUCGUUCUCGAAGGUACCCUCUCCAUAACUGAGAAGGGCCCCGAGGGUCCUUUCGGUGAAAUGCACGGCUACGUCUUCCCUGGUGAUACUCACCUGUGGCCGAAGUACAAGGUGAACCGGAUCACCUACCGCAAUGACCCCAUCCUCCCCAUGUCAUCAUGCGGCCGCUUGACUGAUGAGACACAUACGAUGAUUGGCUCUCUCGCCGCCGCCGAGAUCCGCAAAGUCUGCCAACAAAACGGUCUCCCCGUCACCGACGCAUUUGCCCCCUUCGAAUCCCAGGUGACCUGGGUCGCCCUUCGCAUCGAUACUGCCCGUCUCCGUGAGAUGAAGACUACUUCUGCGGAAUUCCGCAAGCGUGUUGGCGACGUCGUCUUCAACCAUAAGGCCGGGUACACGAUUCACCGACUGGUACUGGUUGGCGAUGAUAUUGACGUGUAUAACGGCAAGGACGUGAUGUGGGCUUUCUCGACUCGGUGCCGCCCCAACCUCGACGAGACAUUCUUCGAGGACGUACGCGGCUUCCCGCUGGUUCCCUACAUGUCGCAUGGUAAUGGAUCGCCGACGAUGGGUGGAAAGGUGGUUUCGGAUGCUCUCAUGCCGACGGAGUAUACCACUGGACGGGAUUGGCAAGCUGCUGAUUUUGACAACUCUUUCCCUGAGGAUGUGAAGAAGAAGGUUCUGAACAACUGGACCAAGAUGGGAUUCCGGGAGGAGUAG